CCCUUGUCCGAUGCCGCAGGGGUGGAGUUGUAACCGGAUUAAGACAAAAGCAGCCCACAAAGCCACGCGCCGGAUCGGCUCCGGAUCAGCGUCGAACCGGCUGGAAUCCGGUUUACGCUCGGGGCGUGCUGAAGAUAGCGAGCAGGGACGAAAGCCAGCUCCCUGCGGCGAACAAAGGGCUGCUGUUCACCCUUGAGCCAUGGUGAAAUCCUUACGCCGGGCGUAACUUACACAACUGUUCCUCACCUCCAGUCCCCGCUUACGUAGGGCGCGAUGGAGGCCAGUUCUUGGAAGCUGAGUUUGCCGGGGCAGAAUUCCUCCAAUUGCCCCAACGGUUCCCAGUGGGUGAUGGAGAUCUUCCACGAAUGCGCCCAAGACGGCUGGGACAUAGCCAGCGUGGUGCUGGGCCUGAUUUCCAUCAUGUGCUUCGCUGCGGCUUCUUUCCCCCAAUUCUACCUGGCCUGUAAAACCGGGAUUAUGGACCAGGCGCUGUCGAUCUACUUCCUCUUAGGCUGGCUGGGAGGAGACUCCUUAAACCUGAUAGGAUCUUUCUUGGCUGAGCAGCUGCCGCUGCAGGUUUACACAGCCAUCUACUACGUCUUGGCAGACUUGGUCAUGAUCUCUCUCUACGUCUACUACAAAGUUAAGAACCGGGACAGGAGAAUUUCUGUAUCCAUUAAUGCUGUCUUUGCGUUCAUUUUCGUGGGAACGGUGUCAGCGACGUCCUUGCUCAGCAAUCACCCCGCUCAGCUCGGAGACGGACCUACGGCGUUCAAAGGGAGGACGCUGCUCUCUUCUGAAGACGAUCAGCCCGGAUGGAAGCCUUUCUCCAAGAAAGAAAUAGUCGGUUUUGUGAUCGGGUCGGUUUCGGCGCUGCUGUACCUGCUUUCCCGGCUCCCUCAGAUCUACACAAACUUCAAGAGGAAAUCAACUAGCGGCAUUUCUUAUACCCUCUUUGCUCUGGUGAUGCUUGGGAACACGCUGUAUGGCCUCAGCGUCAUCAUCAAAAACCCGGACCCGGGUCAAACGAAGGGCAACUACAUCAUCCAUCACCUCCCUUGGUUGGUUGGCAGCUUGGGAGUUCUCGCUCUCGACGUGGUCAUUUCUUUCCAGUUUCUCGCCUACCGUCGCAAGAGGACGCUGCUGCCCGAAGAAAGAGACCCGUUGCUGGACGGACCAGAGGAAUCUCUCGAAAGCUGACCGGGCGUGAUCUUGAGCGAACGCCAGAAGCACUGACUAAAGAGAUUCGCUUGGAUCGCCCUGGCGGAGGGAUUCCGCCGGUGAAAUCCUGCGCUUCCUGGCUUUGUAGAGAUCGUACCCGAUCUCCUCUUUCCGCGGAACGAAUCCUUGGAGACCAUCUCCCUGGCUGUUAAUGGACAAUGAUACUAUUUAAACAUGGGGUGGGUGGGAGAAAUGAAGCCCACAAAAUCCAAGCUGAAGAAUGAAAAGUGUGUUUUUUGCUUUGCGGUGACAUUUCAGACCUGGCACUGGAGGGGACUUUUAACUCGCCGCCGAAAAUGGGAAAAUGCAAUUCUUGAAAAGGAUGGAAAUGGGAAUUCACUACUUGUGGCCACUACCUCGUCAUAAGGGAGUCGAUCUCCCUUCACCUGUCGUGUUGCACCUGUAUUUCGUCACAGACGUAGAAGGGAAAAGGGGGCAGCACAGCUGUGCUUACACAUACACGGGGCGCUCCUUUUUAAUGGGCAUUUUAGCAGUUCA